AUGAGGCCCAAGAACGAGACGGACACGAAGGUCCAGACAGGGACUUUCAUACUGUCCGAAAAGAUCGACGACACCAAGGCCAAGAAGAGUGAAAAGGAACUGAAGAAGGAGAUGAAGAGGCUUGAGAAAGAGAAGCAGGAGAGGGAGAAAAAGGAGAAGAAGGCUCGGGAAAAGGAGAAGGAGCGGGAGAAACAAUCGAAGAAAGGCAAGGUGGUGUGCGGCGCGUGCGGCGGCAAGUGCAGCGGCGAGGUGCUGCGCGUCACCGACAAGUACUUCCACACGGCCUGCUUCACGUGCCGCACCUGCUCCGCCUCGCUCGCGCGCGGCGGCUUCUUCUGCAAGGACGGCCACUACUACUGCCCUCAGGAUUAUCAGCGCGCAUUCGGUACACGCUGCGCGGCAUGCAACCAGUACGUGGAGGGCGAGGUGGUCUCCGCUCUCGGGAACACUUACCACCAGAAGUGCUUCACGUGCGCACGAUGCAAGCGCGCGUUCCCCUCCGGCGAGAAGGUGACGUACACGGGGUCGGAGGUGAUCUCGUCACCCUCCCCCGCCUCGCCCGCGUCCCCCGCCUCCCCCGACCGGGACGACGUCGACCGCAGGCAGCCCGACCCAAAUGAUUGCGCAGGCUGUGGACAAGAACUCUCCGAGGGUCAGGCCUUAGUCGCUUUAGAUAGGCAGUGGCACACGUGGUGCUUCGCGUGCGGCGAGUGCGGCGCCGUGCUGCGCGGCGAGUACAUGGGACGCGGUGGCGUGCCGUACUGCGAGCGCGACUACCAGCGCCUGUACGGCGUGCGCUGCGCCUACUGCCAGCGCUACAUCUCCGGCAAGGUGUUGCAGGUGCGUGCACACCGUAGACAACAUACACAAUCACUUACACUUUCACGUGCUCAAGUACACUGGGAGCGGCGGCGUGCCGUACUACGAGCGCGACUACCGCGACUACCAGUGCCUGUACAGUGUGCGCUGCGCCUACUGCCAGCGCUACAUCUCCGGCAAGGUGUUGCAGGUGCGUACACACCGUACACAACAUACACAACCACUUACACUUCCACGUGCUCAAGUACACUGGGCGCGGCGGCGUGCCGUACUGCGAGCGCGACUACCGCGACUACCAGUGCCUCCACAGUGUGCGCUGCGCCUACUGCCAGCGCUACAUCUCCGGCAAGGUGUUGCAGGUGCGUGCACACCGUACACAACAUACACAACCACUUACACUUCCACAUGCUCAAGCACACUGGGCGCGGCGGCGUGCCGUACUGCGAGCGCGACUACCGCGACUACCAGUGCCACCACAGUGUGCGCUGCGCCUACUGCCAGCGCUACAUCUCCGGCAAGGUGUUGCAGGUGCGUGCACACCGUACACAACAUACACAACCACUUACACUUCCACAUGCUCAAGUACACUGGGCGCGGCGGCGUGCCGUACUGCGAGCGCGACUACCGCGACUACCAGUGCCUCCACAGUGUGCGCUGCGCCUACUGCCAGCGCUACAUCUCCGGCAAGGUGUUGCAGGUGCGUGCACACCGUACACAACAUACACAACCACUUACACUUCCACAUGCUCAAGUACACUGGGCGCGGCGGCGUGCCGUACUGCGAGCGCGACUACCGCGACUACCAGUGCCUCCACAGUGUGCGCUGCGCCUACUGCCAGCGCUACAUCUCCGGCAAGGUGUUGCAGGUGCGUGCACACCGUACACAACAUACACAACCACUUACACUUCCACAUGCUCAAGUACACUGGGCGCGGCGGCGUGCCGUACUGCGAGCGCGACUACCGCGACUACCAGUGCCUCCAUAGUGUGCGCUGCGCCUACUGCCAGCGCUACAUCUCCGGCAAGGUGUUGCAGGUGCGUGCACACCGUACACAACAUACACAACCACUUACACUUCCACAUGCUCAAGCACACUGGGCGCGGCGGCGUGCCGUACUGCGAGCGCGACUACCGCGACUACCAGUGCCUCCACAGUGUGCGCUGCGCCUACUGCCAGCGCUACAUCUCCGGCAAGGUGUUGCAGGUGCGUGCACACCGUACACAACAUACACAACCACUUACACUUCCACAUGCUCAAGCACACUGGGCGCGGCGGCGUGCCGUACUGCGAGCGCGACUACCGCGACUACCAGUGCCACCACAGUGUGCGCUGCGCCUACUGCCAGCGCUACAUCUCCGGCAAGGUGUUGCAGGUGCGUGCACACCGUACACAACAUACACAACCACUUACACUUCCACAUGCUCAAGCACACUGGGCGCGGCGGCGUGCCGUACUGCGAGCGCGACUACCGCGACUACCAGUGCCACCACAGUGUGCGCUGCGCCUACUGCCAGCGCUACAUCUCCGGCAAGGUGUUGCAGGUGCGUGCACACCGUACACAACAUACACAACCACUUACACUUCCACGUGCUCAAGUACACUGGGCGCGGUGGCGUGCCGUACUGCGAGCGCGACUACCGCGACUACCAGUGCCUCCACAGUGUGCGCUGCGCCUACUGCCAGCGCUACAUCUCCGGCAAGGUGUUGCAGGUGCGUGCACACCGUACACAACAUACACAACCACUUACACUUCCACAUGCUCAAGUACACUGGGCGCGGCGGCGUGCCGUACUGCGAGCGCGACUACCGCGACUACCAGUGCCUCCACAGUGUGCGCUGCGCCUACUGCCAGCGCUACAUCUCCGGCAAGGUGUUGCAGGUGCGUGCACACCGUACACAACAUACACAACCACUUACACUUCCACAUGCUCAAGCACACUGGGCGCGGCGGCGUGCCGUACUGCGAGCGCGACUACCGCGACUACCAGUGCCACCACAGUGUGCGCUGCGCCUACUGCCAGCGCUACAUCUCCGGCAAGGUGUUGCAGGUGCGUGCACACCGUACACAACAUACACAACCACUUACACUUCCACAUGCUCAAGUACACUGGGCGCGGCGGCGUGCCGUACUGCGAGCGCGACUACCGCGACUACCAAUGCCUCCACAGUGUGCGCUGCGCCUACUGCCAGCGCUACAUCUCCGGCAAGGUGUUGCAGGUGCGUGCACACCGUACACAACAUACACAACCACUUACACUUCCACAUGCUCAAGUACACUGGGCGCGGCGGCGUGCCGUACUGCGAGCGCGACUACCGCGACUACCAGUGCCUCCACAGUGUGCGCUGCGCCUACUGCCAGCGCUACAUCUCCGGCAAGGUGUUGCAGGUGCGUGCACACCGUACACAACAUACACAACCACUUACACUUCCAUAUGCUCAAGUACACUGGGCGCGGCGGCGUGCCGUACUGCGAGCGCGACUACCGCGACUACCAGUGCCUCCAUAGUGUGCGCUGCGCCUACUGCCAGCGCUACAUCUCCGGCAAGGUGUUGCAGGUGCGUGCACACCGUACACAACAUACACAACCACUUACACUUCCACAUGCUCAAGCACACUGGGCGCGGCGGCGUGCCGUACUGCGAGCGCGACUACCGCGACUACCAGUGCCUCCACAGUGUGCGCUGCGCCUACUGCCAGCGCUACAUCUCCGGCAAGGUGUUGCAGGUGCGUGCACACCGUACACAACAUACACAACCACUUACACUUCCACAUGCUCAAGCACACUGGGCGCGGCGGCGUGCCGUACUGCGAGCGCGACUACCGCGACUACCAGUGCCACCACAGUGUGCGCUGCGCCUACUGCCAGCGCUACAUCUCCGGCAAGGUGUUGCAGGUGCGUGCACACCGUACACAACAUACACAACCACUUACACUUCCACGUGCUCAAGUACACUGGGCGCGGCGGCGUGCCGUACUGCGAGCGCGACUACCGCGACUACCAGUGCCUCCACAGUGUGCGCUGCGCCUACUGCCAGCGCUACAUCUCCGGCAAGGUGUUGCAGGUGCGUGCACACCGUACACAACAUACACAACCACUUACACUUCCACAUGCUCAAGUACACUGGGCGCGGCGGCGUGCCGUACUGCGAGCGCGACUACCGCGACUACCAGUGCCUCCACGGUGUGCGCUGCGCCUACUGCCAGCGCUACAUCUCCGGCAAGGUGUUGCAGGUGCGUGCACACCGUACACAACAUACACAACCACUUACACUUCCACAUGCUCAAGCACACUGGGACGCGGCGGCGUGCCGUACUGCGAGCGCGACUACCGCGACUACCAGUGCCUCUACGGUGUGCGCUGCGCCUACUGCCAGCGCUACAUCUCCGGCAAGGUGUUGCAGGUGCGUGCACACCGUACACAACAUACACAACCACUUACACUUCCACGUGCUCAAGCACACUGGGCGCGGCGGCGUGCCGUACUGCGAGCGCGACUACCGCGACUACCAGUGCCUCCACAGUGUGAGCUGCGCCUACUGCCAGCGCUACAUCUCCGGCAAGGUGUUGCAGAAAUGAGAGGAGGGUCUAGUGUUAAGGGAAGGGGAUGUGUGUUACAGGCGGGCGAAAACCACCACUUCCACCCGACGUGCGCGCGCUGCAGCAAGUGCGGUGACCCGUUCGGCGACGGCGAGGAGAUGUUCCUGCAGGGCGCCGCCAUCUGGCACCCGCGCUGCGGGCCCGCGCCCGGUGACCCGCUCGCUCUCGACCGCGCUUGCUCAGAGCUGCAGUUCUCGAUGCGCUCGCGCACGCCGAGCGUCAACGGCUCCUACUGCAGCCCCUACAGUAGCUUGACAAGGAAGUACGGGUACCGUGGCACGUCCCCCGGGCCGAACGGCACGGGGCGGUGGGGCGGCUGGUCGCCUGCGCGCAUCACCACGUACUCGUACCUGGCAAGCGAGCCUGCCACGCUGCGCCGCUGCGUGCAGCCCUACGACCGCCCGCCCACCUCGCCGCACUUCCACCGCCCGCCCUCUAGUGCUAGCAUGCGCACCAGCUCGCGGCCGGGCAGCAAAGCUUCCUCCCGGCCCGGCAUGCGCGUGCUGGUGGACUCCAUGCGCAGCGAGACGCCGCGCCCCAAGUCUCCGCACAUGAACAAUGAGGAACCCAUAGAAUUAUCGCACUACCCCUCGGCGUAUAAGCCUCCGCCUGGGACGCAACCAAAGAUAGAACGAGACGACUUCCCCGCUCCGCCGUACCCCUACACAGAUCCGGAGCGAAGAAGGCGGCGGUCAGAAACGUUCAAAGGCGUAACCGACAGCGACGAGGAAGAUGGGAAACCCAACGGAGAAGUUAAUGGCGUCGACAACAAACUGCGCCGCGAGGAACACGAGCUGGCCAAGAUCGAGAGUGGCAUCGCACAGGUAUUUUUAAAAGAAGUGAAAGAACGCGAAAAACUUCAACAGUGGAAAAAACAGAACUUAGAUCCAAGAAAUGCGAGCAGGACUCCAUCGGCCGCUCGAGAAGCGGCACCGCGGUUGCGCUACUCGUCGCCCGUGGGCGCGUCGCCCUCGCGCACGCUUGACCGCGAGCUGCACCGCCCCGCCUCCGCCGCCACCGCGCUCGCCUCGCACCAACACAUACCCUCCUACAACGUGGUGUCGUCCCUGCGCUCGGCGCCACGGCCCGGGUACGGCCUCGCAGCCAGGUCGCACACGUUCUCCUCCAGCACUGCAGGUGACUUCACAUUCAGCGGCAUGGGUGACAAGACACACAGCACAGACUUCAGUAGCGGCAAGUCAGAUAUGCGGACGGACCUCUGCAUAUCUGCCGGCUCAAUCACAGAUGUCGAUAGAAGUGCUGUGAGUACGGAGGGCGGAGUGAUCGUGCGCGGCGGCAGUGCGGCUGGUGGUGUGGUGGGGGGCAUGGGGGGCGCGGUGUCUGCGGCCGCGGGGGGCGUGGGGGGGCGCGUGGGAGGUGUGGGGCCGCGCGGCGGAGGCGUACGGCGCUCGCUGCCCAACAUGGCGACGUCGCACCUGCUGCACGAGCCCGCCAAGCUCUACCCGUACCACCUGCUGCUCAUCACCAACUACCGCCUGCCGCCUGACGUCGAUCGCCUCAAUCUGGAGCGGCACCUGUCGGACGCGGAGUUCGAGGCGAUCCUGCAGGUGGCGCGCAGCGAGUUCUACCGCCUGCCGCAGUGGCGCCGCAACGAGCUCAAACGCCGCGCCCGCCUCUUCUAG